GAGAUCAUCAGAGAGCAAAGAAGAAGAAGAAGAAGAAGAUGGCGUCUUCGAAAGGAGGAGGCGUAUUGAGAGUCGCAGACAUGGAAAAGCUGAGCAUAGAGCAACUGAAAGCUUUAAAAGAACAAACAGAUCUUGAAGUUAAUCUAUUACAAGACAGCCUUAACAAUAUUCGAACCGCCACUUCUCGUCUCGAGAUCGCUUCCACUGCUCUUCACGAUCUUUCUCUUCGGCCCCAAGGAAGUAAAAUGCUGGUGCCUCUUACUGCAUCGCUUUAUGUUCCUGGCGAACUCGAUGAUGCUGAUAAAGUCCUCGUUGAUAUUGGCACUGGUUACUUUGUUGAGAAAACCAUGGCUGAAGGCAAAGAUUAUUGUGAGCGUAAAAUAAACUUGCUGAAAUCUAAUUUUGACCAGCUUAUUGAGGUUGCAACGAAAAAGAAAAAUAUUGCAGAUGAUGCUACAGUAGUCUUACAGGCGAAACUAAAGCAAUUAGCCCCUGCAACUUCUUGAUUGCUCUAAGAUUUUACUAAAUUAUUGUUGCAGUGUCUUCAGCAAAAGAAGUGCUUUCUAUAACUUUCAAUUUGAAACUUUUAAGGUUUUUGAUCUGCUUAACAAGUGAUCUUAGCUCUAGCGUAUUCAGUUGUUUCACUCAGCGUUUGGUGAGGGCUUUCUCACUUGAAAUCAAACCAGAUUUGGAUUGUGGUGACAAUAUUCAGAUAGGUACAUGUUGUGAUAUUUUGGGUGGCCGUUUUAUUUGUUUUUCAAUCAGCUGUACUUAAGAGGAUUCAUAUAUGUUCCUUGAGAGUUUAUUUCCUUGACCCAACAGAAGUAGUUAUAUAAUUUUAUUUGUUUCUUGUCGCAA